GGCAGCAUGACCAGGGAUUAAUUAUUCAAGGACUGCCAACUAAAGGGGGAGUCAUCUGAUAGCUGGGACUUAUAACAAGCGGGUAUCAGGUGAAACAGUGCACUUUGUUAGGUGUUUUUUUUUUUUUUUGUGCUUGCUUUAUGCUUUAGUUGUACCUUUGAUGCUGUAUGUGAAGAAUUGAACUUUUAAAUACUUCCAAGAGGUUUUUAUCGCAUUUUGGUUUUAUCUGUUUUUUUAGUUAUUUGCUUUUUGCCAAUGCUUGUGCCAAACAAACAAUUGGGUCUUGGACGAUCCCACAGCUGGGACACAUUAGGGGGGAAUGAGGGUCAGUGGGAGAGGCAGUGUGAGAGUGUGUACGACCAGCAAGCGAGAGUAGCAGGCCGACGGAACUCCCUGUCCUACGGGGAGGGAGGAGGGUGGUACGAGGCUCCACCGGGGGUGCAUCCCCCUGACCUGGAUUUGAAACGUGCUUCAUAUUCCCACCAAGACUCUUCCUACGGACAGGUUUACACAGAGCGGCAAGACCUACGCGGACUCAGGAAGAGCUCUGUGCCUGACAUAAACCACUACGAACGGGUACCAAUGGCUCACCGCGGAUCCAUUCCACAUCAAGAUUACUACUCUCAUGACCCAGCCAUGACUCCUCGGCCACCUGAGGGCCUUUACAGGUCAGAGCACCAGCCUCCUCACCCUCAUCAACUCAGCAGGUCGGGCUCCCAUUUUGGAAUGGCUCCUGGGGCUCGUGCUGUGUGGGACCAAGGUCAGCCAAGCAGAACUGGACCUCAAGCUCCUUCAUCACCUCUGCCUCAGCCACCACCUCGAACAGCCCAUGAGUUAAGUCGGACUUACAGAGAACCUGGGGCUGUAACUGUUGCCAAGAUUAUACAAGACGGCCAACAACGCUUACCUUCCAGAGACCCACCUCCUGCUCACUAUGGUAUGGAUCAUCCAUCACCUCGGUAUGCCAGUGAACCUCCCCCUAUGACUGCGCAGUCGGUCUAUACAGAUGUUGAUGGACGCCCAUUGGAUUCACAGCAGCAAGUUGCCACCUGUCUCGUAGUUGAUCCAGCUACUCAAGGUAUGAUGAGGCAAGAGUCUGCAUCGCCUUACACCAUCCAACAACAGCAGCAGUUUCAACAGCAACAAUUGCAACAGCAACAACUUCAGCAGCAACAAUUGCAACAGCAACAACUUCAGCAGCAACAGCUGCAACAACAACAAUUACAACAGCAACAACUACAUCAACAACUCCAACAGCAUCAAUUACAACACCAGCAACUUCAGCAGCAACAAUUGCAACAACAGCAACUUCAACAUCAACAAUUGCAACAACAGCAACUACAACAGCAGCCAAUUCAACAACAGCAGUUACAGCACCAGCCGCUUCAACACCAGCCUGUACAGCAGCAGCUUCAACAAGAACCAUUGCAGCAGCAUCUGCAACAGCAACAGCCGCUUCCACCUCCACCCACCAUGCCAAUGUCUGAUCCUAACCUUGUUCUGUCUUCUCCACUUCCAGCUCCACCUGCUCAAAUGCAAACUGCAGCGGUUGUCACAGCUGUACCUGCACCUGUUCAGGCUGCCCCUACUCCAGCCCCUCCUCCUCCAGCUUCCCCACUUCCUGCUCCACCUUCUGUGCCUCCCACAUCUGUCCCACAGACACCUUUGCCUGUGGACCCCAAGAAGACAGUGGAUCCAGAAUUCCUUUCCUUGCUGCGAAAUGAAGGUCUCUCAGAGAGCACCAUUUCUUCACUCAUCCAGCAGGGCUUUGACUCUAGUAGCUUGUUAGCUGUUAUGGAGGAAAACGAUGUCCGCACUGUCGCGCCCAACCUUGGCCAAGCUCGUGUGCUGUCUCGUCUGCUUCAUAACUGCAAACGACCCAUUGAAGCUACUCCAGCCCCCUCCCGGCCUCAAACGCCCAUGCGAGGUCGCUCUAAUAGCUUCAGCCAUCGUUCAGACAUCUACCACCAACAACAUCACCACCAUCCACCAAACUUUUCUCAGGCUUUGGCUGUGGAUUCUCAACUAAUGCCCCCACCAACCCCUGGGGUCAUGCCAACCAUUUCCCCAAGGAUAGGAGAAGUAAUAAGUCGGAGGCCAAGCAGUGCACCCUCUCAAAACCUCCUUGAAGCCGCAGGGGGCUACCCAAGCCAACCACCUCGUUCCCCUGGGGCAUACACCGGAGCCCUUAUGCCUGUCCACUCAAGACCAAUGUCUGCCUAUUCCGCUGGGGUAACAAUGCCUGGGGUGCCUAUGCCAGGUAUGCAGAUAAUACCACAGCAGAUGUCUGGGUCAAUGCCUGCCCUACCAGGAUCCAUUCAUUCUAUCCCAGGUAUGCCACAGCACAUGCCUGUAUCGUUGCCGGCAUUACAGCAGCCUCCCCAGCAAGUACCAAAGGCAUACUCCACCAAUUACACAGUCCCCAUGGAGCUGAUGAAAAGGGACAGGAAUUUACUGCCAUUGUCCCCCAUGCAUAGCCCUCACCCAAGCCCUCAGCUGACACGUAAGGGUGGAGGUCCUGCAACAGACAAUGCCCUGGUCCCUGUGGGAGCUCCUGUUCAAGGCCAAAGUGGGCUGACCGCUAACCAGAAGUUAAGCCGACGCACGGGUCCUCCUGUCAUUGUUUCCACCAUGGCAUCUCCUGACACAAGAGAUGGAGGUAUUUUCCAGGGUGAUAAUGAACUCUGCAGGGGUGUGAUGAUGAGACACGGGAACAGCUCGGGAGCUACAGGUGUGUUCGGUAUCCGGCCCCAGAUUAUGAAUGGGCCUAUGCACCCGCGACCCCUGGUGGCAUUGUUGGAUGGGCGGGACUGCACCGUGGAGAUGCCCAUCCUCAAAGACUUGGCCACUGUGGCUUUCUGUGAUGCCCAGUCCACACAGGAGAUACAUGAAAAGGUGCUGAACGAGGCCGUGGGGGCCAUGAUGUACCACACCAUCACCCUGACCAGAGAGGACCUGGAGAAGUUCAAGGCACUGCGCAUCAUCAUCCGCAUCGGCAGCGGCUACGACAACAUCGACAUCAAGGCUGCCGGGGAGCUUGGCAUUGCAGUGUGUAACAUUCCCUCUGCGGCUGUAGAAGAAACAGCAGACUCAACCCUUUGUCACAUCCUCAACCUGUACCGGCGAAACACCUGGCUCUACCAGGCUCUCCGAGAGGGCACGCGGGUCCAGAGCGUGGAGCAGAUCCGGGAGGUGGCGUCUGGGGCGGCCAGGAUCCGAGGCGAGACGCUUGGCCUUAUUGGAUUUGGGCGCACAGGCCAGGCAGUGGCAAUGCGGGCCAAGGUGUUCGGCUUCAACGUGAUCUUCUACGACCCUUACCUGCAGGAUGGCUUGGAGCGUUCGCUUGGAGUCCAGAGGGUCUACACACUACAGGAUCUGCUGUACCAGAGCGACUGCGUGUCCCUGCACUGCAAUCUGAAUGAACACAACCACCACCUCAUCAACGACUUCACCAUCAAACAGAUGCGCCAAGGUGCUUUCCUGGUCAACACGGCACGGGGAGGUCUUGUGGAUGAGAAAGCUCUGGCUCAGGCCCUAAAGGAAGGCAGGAUACGAGGCGCUGCAAUGGAUGUCCACGAGUCGGAGCCUUUUAAUUUUUCCCAGGGCCCUCUUAAAGACGCCCCCAACUUGAUCUGUACCCCCCACACCGCCUGGUACAGCGAGCAGGCAUCGCUGGAGAUGAGAGAGGCCGCUGCCACAGAAAUUCGGAGGGCAAUCACUGGUCGUAUUCCUGACAGCCUGCGAAACUGCGUCAACAAAGAGUUUUUCGUUACCUCGACGCCCUGGGGAAUGAUGGAGCAGCAGCAGCCUCAGAUUCACCCUGAGAUCAAUGGUGCUGCCUACAGAUUCCCUCCUAGCGUGAUGGGCGUCGCACCCGGCGGGAUAAUCGGACCUAUGGAGGGAUUGGUGCCUGGGGGAAUGCCCAUCGCCCACACUCUGCCCCCUGGCUCCCAUCCGUCACAGGCUGCCUCCCCACAUCAGCCCUCCAAACAUGGCGACCCCAUGAGAGAGCAUAUGACUGAGCCAUAGUGGGACCGGUGCCGGAGUCGAUGACGGUCAUGAAAUCAGUGUAAAAAACUAUGGAUCAGACCAAGUCAACCCAUCCAAAAGUAAGCUUGACUUCAGCCAUCUGGACCUACCAGCAAACUGCCUGCCGGGCAAUGUGUUACACACUCAUUUUUUGUAUGAAACCACUAAACCCAAGUGAGGACAGUGAAUGAUGGUGCACACCUGAGCUGCCACACCAAGAUGGGACUGAGCAACUGAAAAACUCCUGCGCAGAAGAUCCAAAAUCUCUCCCAGUUUCAGAUUUUUUUUUUGCUCCUCACUGAACUAAGUGACGUAUUGCUUUAUAUCUUUACCAUUCUGUAUAUAUGAGGGAGGUUUCUUCUGACUUCUGGGACGUGUUACCAGGAACUAAAGGCUGAAUGGAAACCUGACCCCCAUCCCCCCCAGGUUUAAAGGACAACCUUGUCAACCCUAAUUUUUCCCUUUAGUUUUUCUCCUCAUUUCUGCACAAAUAUGUCCUGUGUUACUUCUUUUUUUCUACAUUCUGUUUGGUUUGUUUUCUGUGCUUCUGUUGAAAAUCAGUAUCUGUUUAUUCUGUUAUUCAGUGUGUGAAAAUUAAAGGGUUUAUACUCAUGUUUAGCAGACAGGAAAAAUCAGGAGUUUCUUAGAUCUGAGCUCUAAUUUUGCCUGUUUCUGUUUGUAAAGGGUUGACCCCCCAGAAUGUAAAGAAAAGAUAAGAUAAUUGGGAAAUAGUAUUAAAUUGAGAUCAAAUCUUUCAAAGUACUUCAGACAAUUGCUGGUUAUGAACACAAUAUUAUCUGUUGGCAUCCAAAGGACCUGAUUUGCAUGGCAGCAACACACUUGGGAGAUAUGAAUGCUUUGGGGUGGGAGGGGAAUAGAAACAGGAAAUGUCUUACUCAGGAAAAACAAAAACAUUCAAUCUGAACAGAACAGGAAGAAACUCUGGAUUACUGCAUUUCUUUCUCCAUUGUGGUAUUUUUUAUAAAUCAAAUGUAAAUUUUUUUGAUCUUGAAGGUUUUCACUCCUGUUAGAUUUGUAUUUCCUUGUUAAAUGUUCAUAUAAGUGUAGUCUGAUGUGGCCGACCCCACCCUCGCUCGCUCUUGUUAUAGUUCCUCCUUUGUUUUCCCUGCUGUGACGAGAGCCAGAUGGGGUUCCAGGAAGCUCUGUGAACAAGCAGCGGCCCAAUCUGUCCAUUCCUUCAACACCAAGACUUUAGCAAGACGUGGCUGCUAGCAGAUUGUUUGGUUUUUAGUGUGAGUAUUUGUAUUUGUUUCUUGUAUAAGGUGAACAUAUAGCAUACAGUGCAGCUCGAACCAAUAAAUAAAACUUACUGUUCUGAUUCA